AACGACACGAUGCAAGUGGUCUGGCAAUAUCACGUGGAGGAGCCGGUGUCCGCGGCUGGGAUACUACCGGACCACGACGCCGUUAGGGGGUCCAGGCCGCUUUAUCUCGUGCAGAGGGACGCUCAGCCCAGGCCGAAUCCACGCAGCCAGCAAGCAGAACCCCCGUUGCAGACCUGGGACGUGUUGAACCAGGUUCGGUUAACCAAGGGACAAGACACGUUCUGGUGCCACGUUCUAAAGAUGCCAAACAUUGAUCACAAACACCACGUCGUGAAGGGUUUCAAUUAUCCACCGGAGGCGGGUUACGCUUUGGACCCGCACGCGGGUCCACGGUACUACAUGCUUGAGACCCACUACGCGAACCCUCAGAUAGACAGCGACAGUUCCGGGCUGCGUCUGCAUUACACGGACCGGUUGCGUACCCACGACGCCGGCGUCCUCAGCGUCGGGAUCGACCCUAACUGGCGUCACAUCAUCCCCCCGCGUCAGCCGGAGGUCGUGUCCGAAGGACACUGCAUCUCGGAGUGCACGGGACGCACCGUGCCGAACAGCGGCAUCAACAUAUUCGCCGUCAUCAUGCAUACCCAUCAGCUGGGCAGGAAGGUCCGAUUGCGUCAGAUAAGGUCCGGCGAGGAGCUGCCACCCAUCGCGUCCGACACCAAUUACGACCCCACCUAUCAGGAGUAUCGGAAGCUGCAAAAGCCCGUCAGGCUCUAUCCGGGUGACCAUUUGGUGGCGGAGUGCACCUAUUCGUCUAAAUCCAGACAAGCAAUCACGCUGGGUGGACUAACGAUGAAAGAGGAGACAUGCCUAGUGUCAGCGCUCUAUUACCCACGGAUCGAGAUGUCGCUCUGCUACUCGCUGCCGUCGGUGCCGACAGUGCUACACAGCCUGGGGAUCGAACUACUCAUGCAAGGUCCCGGGCCAGUGAAGAUCCAGGACCCAGCAGAACUGCGGGGCAUGUCACUGGAGAAUCGUUUACUGAGCGUCGACUGGGAGUCCAGCUUCCAAAGCUUCCAACAAGCAACCAGAGAAGGCACCUUCAAGCCGCUUUGUUGGACGAGCAAAGGAGCCCUGCCAGACACGGACGACCUAGAAGUCCACUACCCGAGGAUCCUCAGGCCGUACGAAGAAGUGAGCCCACCUUGCCUGAAGAAAUCAUUCAGAAACAAGGUGUCGAGGCUCAGCGAAGACGAGGACAUCGGUGCGCCCAUGGAUCCGGACAGCGACGAGACGAACGCGGUUGAACGCGGACAGCUGGUCCGCAGCAAAGUGUCACGCAGUAGCGACGGUCCGACUGGAAGUUCCUCGACGAAAUCAGCACCGCUGGUACUGAUCCUGGCCGCAGUACUCGCGGCGGUGUCCGGCGUCCGGUUCAGGUGAACGCUGGCUACCCGAGCCGAUCGAUCACGAAGUAACCAAUCUAGGACGACCGUUUCAUCCUGUUGUGGAUCGCGCUGGAUCGGGGGAGGAGGUGAGUACGUGCCGGUGCGCGUAUACCCUCUGACGCGUCACUUAGGCUAAAUAACUAUUGUCGUUGAUUGGUCGUUGAGUGAGGACCCGAGUGGUUCGUUUCCGCGUGCAUCGGCGACCAUGCGUCCCAGUUUCGAGAUCGUUGCACAAUUUUUCAUACGCUGUAAUAAUGAGCCGACGCCGCGGGGACGAGCGGCUGGGAGAGAGACAGAUAUUUUUCACGGCUACGCUGUUUCACGUGGAACGUACGGUCUAGAUUGCCAAAUAUAUUUUACUCGAACGAGUCCAUCCUGGGGUGAACGAUCUUCAACAGGAUCGGGAUAUACUUUGUCCUCAUUCAAGGGCCGACCUCCCUUUUCGCGAUCUCUCCUGCACAGAGUAUACAAACUGGUCCAGCUGAAUGUUGUUAUUAUUAUAAUUCACACCCAUUU